GGUACAUGAUAAAAGAUGGCAUUUUAGGUUUCGACCCUUUAUUUGAUGAAUGCUUGUCCUUGGCUUUCUGACUUUUGAUUUAGUAUUAUGAAUUGUCUUAACACGGAGGAUCAAAGUUAAAUUAAAAAAUUUACCAGCAUGCAUGAGAUUCAAAGUUCAGUAUUUGCUUAGUAAUACUGGUUAAAAGAUUGAAGAAUUCAAGGAAGUAUAGUUGAGCAGAAGCGGCUUUGGUAGCGAAUGUUUUAUGUCUUUGUGUUGAGGAAUAUCUUUUACAUACUCAAAAAGUUUACAUUCUCAGUUUUGAAAUGAAACUAUGUUUAUGGCCAAAUAUUUCCAUCUCUUGGGACCUAUGUUCUAGUUUAUAACAAUAGAAAAUAUUUCUUAGUUAGCCAUUGUCUAAGUUGUUCAUCAUCACUGUUAUCAGCAUGUUCAUAUUUCAUUCUAUCUAAUGACUGGUUUAAAGGAGAAUUGCAUUCAAUUCAAAAUGGCACUACAACAUUAUCAUCAACAUGGGAUGAGAAAAAAAUGAAAACUUACUAAUUUAUAUAUCAAUACUUCAUAUAUAACUAGUUAGUGAAACAUCCUUGUCUGUAAUUUGUAUGGCAUGACAUAUUCAUCCCGCUGUGUCCAUACAUGUUCAUAACACGAUCUCUAGGUGACAAGGGCUUUAUAGUUGUUGAUGUGAGGAGAAACUUUUCUUUCUAUCCAAAGUUCAUAUUAUGUUUUUCUUUCCUCUUUUUUUUUUUUUUUUUUUUUUUUAAAGCGUUAGCUGCAUUACUAUGUUAUUUACUACCUUUCCUUUGAGUAACUUAUUACGCAGAACCUAUAUUGCAUGUACACGGAUAUGAUAAAUAUAAAACAUAUAAGAUAAGAUAAGGCGUCAAUGCAUUAGCUAAAACUAAAUAAUUUUAUAUAGAUUAAAGAUUUUUUUGGAGUAAAGAUGUAAUUGGUAAUGUGCUUAGAAAAGAAAGAUAGUAUGGUGAGAAGAAAAUUAUGGACUAUAUGUACACCAAAAGUAUCAAUAUGUGAUAAAAACACAUCACGAUAUAAAUUUUUCUAUAAUCAAAUUUAUGAAAUGGUACUUUCUAUAUUUUUGUACCCCAUAAUCUGUACUUUUACUAGUGUUCAACAUGUACAACAUAUCUGUAGAAAGUGUUGAUGCAAGUUUUUGUUAAAUAUUUGUUUUUGGUUAAUCUUUUGGAUGCGUUUUGAAAUAUGGAUAUAUAUAUUCGAAAAGUAUUGGAGAGUAGUGGACACUGGUUCUGCUCCUCUUUAGAAGUGUAGCGAUGCUUGUAGCCUUGAACAGUGUCUUAACAUGUGAGCAUCAAAAUAAAUGAGUGCAGGAAAGUGGGAUAUCUAGACAGAGCAUCUAAGUGACUUUCUAGUUAUUCAUUUAAUCUGAGCUUAAGGUUUAAUCUCGACUGACCUUUCUCUAUGAAUUCUGAUUAAUGCUUGGAUGUGAGCAUAUAUCUUAUAAUUCCAAUUUUAGAUGCCUCAUAUCAUUCUUACUCAUUCUUCAAGGCACUAAUACGGAUAUGAGAGAGUUCCUGUUCAUUCAUAUCCAUUACAACAUUUUCCUCAUUAAAUUAAAAUGAAUUCCUGACAUGUUCUUGGCUUCACGCAACAUCAUCAGGUGCUUAUCUUUUUUAACAACACAGGUCUUAUCCAAACAAUUAGAAUAAGUGUAGGCAAUUGAGACUGCAAUCUUUUGCUCUAAUGGGGGCUGGGGAAGAGGGCACGCCUGCAAAGUCUUCCAAGCCUGCAUCCUCAACGCAGGAAGCAUCAAAUACACCUACUACGCCUGCAUAUCCUGACUGGUCAAGCUCUAUGCAGGCUUUUUAUGGUGCUGGACCAACUCCACCUUUCUUUGCUUCAACUGUUGCUUCUCCUACUCCCUUUUUGUGGGGAGGCCAGCAUCCUCUAAUGCCACCUUACGGGACACCAGUUCCAUAUCCAGCUUUGUAUCCUCCUGGAGGAGUCUAUGCUCAUCCUAACAUGAUUACGGCUCCAGCAAAUGUACAUGGAACUGCAGAAUUGGAAGGCAAAGCAGCUGAGGGAAAGGACCGUGCUUCAAAGAAAAAAACCAAAGGAACUUCAGGAAAGACUGGAGAUGGUGGAAAAGCAACUUCUGGCUCUGGAAAUGAUGUUGGAACACAAAGUGGUGAAAGCGGGAGUGAAGGAUCAUCAGAUACAAGUGAUGAUAAUAAUCAGGAACCUUCUGCAACCAAGAAAGGAAGCUUUGACCAGAUGCUUGCUGAUGGGGCAAACGCACAGAACAAUGCUAUUCCAGUUAAUUUCCAAAAUCCGGUACCUGGCAACCCCGUAGUUUCUAUGCCCCCUACUAAUCUGAAUAUCGGCAUGGAUUUGUGGAAUGCAUCUCCUGCUAGUUCUGGGGCCAUGAAAUUGCGCCCAAGUCCGCCUGGUAUUUCGCCGGGCGUAGCUCCAUCUGGUGUGAUGAAUGACCAGUGGAUUCAAGAUGAACGUGAAUUGAAAAGGCAAAAAAGAAAGCAAUCUAAUCGGGAGUCUGCUCGGAGGUCAAGAUUACGCAAGCAGGCUGAGUGUGAAGAGCUACAGCAUAGGGUGGAGACAUUGGGUAAUGAGAAUCGCACUCUCAGAGAUGAACUGCAGAGGCUCUCUGAGGAAUGUGAGAAACUCACAUCUGAAAAUAACUCAAUAAAGGAAGAGCUAACAAGGUUGUGUGGCGCAGAUGCUGUAUCUAAAUUAGAAGACAGCAAAUCUGCUAAACAUGUUCAAUCUCGCGUGGAUGAAGGUAACUGUUAGAACAGACCUUAGAUAGUAGAUUAUGUUUCUUGCGGACAGGAAAAUUGACGAGUUCCUCUAGAAAUUUAUUUCUAGGUUCGACGAAGUAAAGAAUGUUCUUGUGCCUACUAAUCUGUACCAUGUAAUCAUCUUAAUAUCACUGUAGCAUUAACCUAUGUCAAGUCUCUUUGGUGUAAAAGUUGAUGAAGAUGGUUUGUCAUUUCAGUUGUAUUCUUGUUGUCUUACCUUAUUUCGUGUAAUCAAUCAUUACAUAUAAGUGGAAUUCAAAAUCAAGACAUUA